CACACAUACAUAUGUAUAUGAAACAUGAAAAGCUACUCAUUACCUGUAAGGUAAACAAUCAGAGCAAAGCUUUCGGAAACCUACCACAGAAAGGUUUAUUGUGAUAAGAGCCAAUCGGCUGCGUCGCGUUUUAUGAAAUUGACAGAAAAUUUGUCAUAGCUCAGUCAUCGAUACAGUCAUUAUGGAACGCGUCUAUCCCAGACAGCCGCUGGAGCAGCCCAAAGAUGUGAGUGGACUGGUGCAGGAGACGCAUCCAGAGCACCAGAAACUGUUGGCACCGCCCACCUACGAUCAGGCGACGGGCACAGCAACGGCCACGCCCGCAUUGACAACGGGACCAGCACCCACGCCGGCACCGCCACCACCCA